ACAUAUGUGCUUUAGUAAAUGAAAAGUAAUAAUUAUCGAAUUUUUGAAGAAGAUAGCUUCUUCGUGCGUACCCCCAGCCAUUCCAAUGUAAUAAACAUGUUAGGGAAUAGUUAUUGUAGUCGUAUAAUGACUAAAUUCAAUUUUGAAGUUCUCAACGUUGAUAAUUUUUUUUUCUUUGUCAAAAAUGCAGGUUUGGCAUAUGUAUUUGCUGAAAGUGCACACUGGUGGGACGCAAUAUCAGGGGUCUCUCCUUAUUAUUCUUGGGUCAUACUGCUGGAAAUCGUAAUAUUUCACCUUGAAACAAAGAUUGUCUUGGGGAUUCCAUGCAUGGUGGCGUUUUUGAUAUAUAAGUGGCGUAAGAGACAUUUAUCAAUGUAUGAUGCUAUUGAAGAAUUUCUGCAAAGCCAAAUUAACCUCAUGCCAUUUAGGUACUCUUACUCAGAAAUUAGGAAGAUGUCCAAAGGUUUCAAGGACAAAUUGGGUGAAGGAGGCUAUGGGUCUGUAUAUAGAGGAAAGCUUGAAAGUGGCCCUCUUGUUGCUAUAAAGCUGUUGGGUAACUCCAAAGCUAAUGGGCAAGAAUUUAUCAACGAAGUUGCAACAAUUGGAAGAAUUCACCACGUGAAUGUGGUGCAACUCAUUGGCUUUUGUGCUGAGGGGCCAAAGCGCGCCCUUAUAUAUGAAUUCAUGCCUAAUGGUUCUCUUGAAAAAUACAUUUUUUCUCAAGAAGAAAGUAUCCCCUUAAGUAUUGAGAAAAUAUUUGAGAUUUCUCUUGGAGUAGCUCGUGGGAUUGAAUAUCUACAUCAAGGAUGUGACAUACAAAUUCUACAUUUUGAUAUCAAGCCUCAUAACAUUCUUCUCAAUGAGAACUUCAUUCCCAAAGUUUCUGAUUUUGGGCUUGCAAAACUUUAUCCAACAAAUGAUAGCAUAGUGCCUUUGACUGCUGCAAGGGGAACACUAGGAUAUAUAGCUCCAGAGUUGUUUUAUAAAAACAUUGGGGGGGUCUCCUAUAAAGCUGAUGUUUAUAGUUUUGGCAUGUUAUUGAUGGAAAUGGCUAAUAGAAGAAAGAACGUGAAUGCAUUUGCAGACCAUUCAAGCCAAAUUUACUUCCCAACUUGGGUUUAUGGCCAAUUUAGUGAAGGAAAUGACAUAGAAAUAGAAGAUGUCACAGAGGAGGAGAAGAAAAUUGUUAAGAAGAUGAUCAUAGUCGCAUUAUGGUGCAUACAGAUGAAGCCUAGUGACCGUCCUUCAAUGAACAAAGUUGUAGAAAUGCUUGAAGGAGAAGUUGAAUGCUUACAAAUGCCCUCCAAGCCUUUCCUAUCAUCAUCACCAGCGAGACCAACAGAGGAUGUAGGAGACAACUUAAAUUCAACUAGUUCAUCAUUUCAAUCAGGUGAAUCAAGUCAAUCGGCUAAACUUUAAAUGCACGGAAAAGCUAA